AUUCAGCAAAAAGGAAUGUUUUUCUUGCUCUCACCUUUAGGGGGCGACGUCACAUCACAAGCUACCAAUGGAGACAGUGUGUUAUAUGACGCAGCAGGCGGUGGGAACCUGGACUGUAUUGAUCUACUCUUACAACAUGGUGCCAAUCCUAAUGUAGCCAGUCUUUGCUCCCAACUGCCAAUUCACCGUGCAGCCUACCAGGGGCACUACCUGGCUCUGAAGAAGUUAAUUUCCAUCACCAAUAUGAAGGCCAUCCGUCUGUGUGGGAUGAGUCCGGUUCAUUCUGCAGCAGACGGAGGCCAUGCUGACUGUCUUGAGUUGCUUAUCAAGAAAGGUUUUGACGUCAACCCAAUCCUGGGCUGCCAAAUUUCUGAAAACUACGGUGACAUGAGGAAGACCCCACUGUACUUCGCCAUCAGCAAUGGAGAUGUCACCUGCGCUGAGUUGCUUCUGAAAGCAGGUGCGAAGCCGGACCUGGACCCGCUGCGCUGCCUCCUGGUGGCGGUCAGAGCUGAGAAGUACGAGCUGGUGUCACUGCUUCUCGCCUAUGGGGCGGAUGUCAACUGUUUCUUCUCUGUCAUCUGUGACACCGUUUUUCCUACGGCAUUGCAAUACUGCCUCAAAGAUGAAAUGAUGCUGCGCCUGCUCCUUAACAACGGUUACCAUGCAGAAAGCUGCUUUGAGUGUUACCAUGACAACUGGGUAACACCAUACAUAUGGGCAGAGGCUCCUAGCCAGUCGUACCAAAUCAGGAGUGAUACGAAUAAAGUUACCUUUUGUGAGAUUAUUAGUGUGUCAUGGAUGGCGCAUUUGGCUGGGAGGGUGGUGCAGACACUCCUAGAUUACGUGAAUCACGUGGACAUCUGCUCUAAACUGCAAUGCAUUUUGGAGAGACAAGAGGAGUGGCCAGAUAUCUGUGAAAUCCUUAGGAACCCUCGCUCUCUGAAACACCAGGCCAGGUUGGUUAUCAGGAGAUGUAUGACACUGAGACGACUGAAUGACCCUGAGUUCAUGAGCACCGUUCCUUUCCCACCGGCACUGAAGAACCUCCUACUCUACAAAGAAUACGAUAUUUACGGCCGAAUGGAUGAACAGUAGAUAUCUGUAUCUAUACACUGUUAAACCUAACAGUGAAAAUCGCUUCAUGAAAUGAGUUCAACUCAAAAUUUAAAAAAAGUUAAUUCAACUCAAUAAAUACUUCUGAUGUGAA